AUGUUUUCCAACUUUACCAGCAUAGUGCAGAAGGCACAGCAGCUCAUUGACCCCACACAGGGAUUAAACCUCUCCAGCUCCGACCGGAAUCCCUCCAAGGCGUCGCUGUUCCAGAGCCAGUUCCGGCUCCCAGCGUCUCAGAGCCCCCUCUACGAGAUCACUGCCGAGCUCACUAUCCCACCAUCGAAUGCUACUGGAGGCGAGAAGGACCACGAUAGAGGCUGGCACUAUGCGGGCAAGCUGCAUCUGUCCGAGGCCUUCAUCUGCUUCUCGACGACGCCUACGAGCUUCCUGCAGUCGGCGAGCACGAGCACCUCGUCCGCCUUCACCGGCCAGACGCACGGCGGGGGGCCCAGCGGGAAUGGGUUCACAUUCCCUCUGUGCGCCAUCAGGCGUGUAGAAAGGCUGAACAGCCAAAACUUUCAGUUUGCCCUUGCCAUCACGACUUGGAACGGACUCCUCGCGGAGAGCCAAAAAGACAAGGACUCCAGCACGAAAGACAAUAGAGACAUCAAAGAACAACGCAUAACCAUACACCUUGCGGGUUCUAGACAGGCUUGCGAGCGGUUCUGCGACGGCCUGAAGAAGGGCCUGCGAGCCGGCGUGGGUAAUGUCGGUAAGCUGCGCCGGGUCGUCGCUGAAUGCUACUCGGAAUACCUCUUGCGACCCGAGGAGAAGAAAGACAGCGCACCUCCCGACGCAGGACUUGGCAUGACGUUCCGCUACCCUGGCGACGCGAAGAAGCUGAGAGACCGAGCCAAGAUGCGACUUUGGGCAGAGUACCUUCGUGACAACGGCCGAGACGCCACGCUCAUCCGGCAGCCCACCUUUCACAAGCUUAUCCGGGUUGGCUUGCCGAACCGGUUACGAGGCGAGAUGUGGGAGCUGACCUCUGGUUCGUUGUACCUGCGCUUAGAGUCCCCGGCCCUAUACGCAGACACAUUGGCCAAGUUUGAGGGUCAGGAGUCGCUCGCCAUCGAUGAGAUCGAGAAGGACCUCAACCGAAGCUUGCCAGAGUACCCUGGCUUCCAAAGUGAAGACGGUAUAGGGCGCCUCCGCCGCGUGUUGACUGCUUACAGCUGGGUCAACACGGAUGUCGGCUACUGCCAAGCGAUGAACAUUGUCGUGGCCGCUCUCCUCAUAUACAUGUCCGAAUCCCAGGCCUUCUUCCUGCUCUCUGCACUGUGCGACAGGCUCGUGCCCGGAUACUACUCCACCACCAUGUAUGGCACUCUCCUGGACCAGAAAGUCUUCGAGUCUCUCGUCGAGCGCACGAUGCCUGUACUGUGGGAGCACCUAGUCAAGAGUGACGUUCAGCUUUCGGUGGUGUCCCUGCCGUGGUUUCUUUCUUUAUAUAUCAACUCCAUGCCGCUCGUCUUCGCCUUCCGCGUCUUGGACGUCUUCUUCGUCGAGGGCCCGAAGGUGUUGUUUCAGGUUGGUCUGGCCAUACUUCGCAUCAACGGAGAGGAGCUUCUCGAUGCUGCAGAUGACGGCGCCUUUAUAUCAGUCCUGAAGACGUACUUUGCACGGCUAGACCAAUCUGCCCACCCCAAAUCCGAAAAUCCCAAGCUCCGCGCCGUGACGCGGUUCCAGGAACUCAUGGUUGUUGCCUUCAAGGAGUUUUCGGGUAUUACCCACAGCAGCAUCACAGAGCUGCGGCUGCAGAAAAAGGACGCAGUCCUCAACAAUAUCGAAAACUUUGCCAAGAGAACCGCCAUCCGAAACCUGGGCCCAGACAGCAAGCUCCUCGCCAACGACGAGCUAGGCUCUCUUUACGAUAGGUUCUAUAAUGUGCUGUACGAGCGCCAGCAGCGAGAUUGCAUGAUGCAAGAGGAGGCGCAGCGCCGCGCCAAAGCCAGCAGGAUGCGCGCAUCCGAGAUCUUCGCCGCUGGUGCCCCGGAUCAGGUUGAAAAAGGCCGCGUGGGGCUGGGACCAAGCACCAGCUUGAUGGACUACGACGCAUUCCGCGAGUUUCUCGCCAGCAUGUCCCGAUGGGCGGUCUCAGACUCGCCCGGCCAAUCCAAGAGAAGCAACGGGGCGGAGACGGAGCGACACGGCAAGGUCAACGGCGGCUGGGGUGUCUCCCGCAGCAACUCCCCUUGGGGGUUCGGACCCGAGCCGGCGCAGCACGAGUUCUUAGAGCGCCUCUUCAAAAAAUGGGAUAUCGACGGCAACCAGGCACUCACUCUGCAAAACGUUGUGUCCGGUCUGGCGGGCAUCAAGGGUAAGAAGGACAUUAUGGGAACCAUCACGUACUUUUUUGAGCUUUACGACGACGACGGAGAUGGCAAGGUCGACCGAGAGGGCAUUCUGCGCAUCUCGGAGGCGCUCCUGUUUCUGUCACGGCGUGGCUUGGAGGGGUCUUUGAGCCCAUCACUCCUCGCCAACGCCGAUGGCAGCACUGAAACCCUCGACGGCCAGGUCGCUGGUGCGUCUACAAACGAAAGAUUCCUUGGGAGUGUCAGCGCCUUCAUUCGUCGCUGCUUUGAAUAUGCGGAUCCAGACCGUUCGACGAACAACCACGAAAAGGAAGACCUUAUCACCAUUGACGAUGGCCAUGACCUGAAGGGUGCAGACGCAUUUGCUAUCGGCGAUGAUGAUGAUGACGAUGACAGAGACGGCUCCGAGUCAACUGCACACAGAGGAGGCAACCUACCGGGUCUUACUUCCAGCACCGACACCGCCGCAAAAGGCGAGGUCACCUCAAGCCGUAGCGUCAGCAAGGCAAAGGCUGAAGCCGCCAAUGCAGCGCUAGAUCCUGCUCACCCACUUCACAUUACUCUGCCGACGUUCCGGAUGGUGGUAUUAGCAGAUGAGCUUUUGGAGCAGUUUUUCGAGUCCUCAUUUCCCCUGUCGUUCCACAUCGUGGAAGGAGUUCCCGACGCUCUCGCUUCGCCUGGGUCUCUCACAACAUUUUCCAGCUUGGGCUUUGGUGCACGGCACCAAAUGCCACCACAGGGCGGUCCACCUGGCGCUGGACGGGGUCUUCGCGGCGUUCUAGACAAUAUAGUGACCGACGGCAUGCGAGUCGCUACCGAAGUGCGACGGCGGAUGGAAGAGGCGCAGAGAGAGCUGGAAAAGAACGCUGUUCCCGGUCAACGCGCUGACGACGAUGAUGAUGAUGAUGACGAUAUGGCCCUGCGGGCUGAGCUGACCUCUGGCCGAAGUGCCGACAUUGAGCGCCGCUCCGUGAGAAGCUCCGACCGGGACUUGCUGGACGGCGCUGAUGCAUCUGCUGGCGCUGCGGCAAAGGAAGUUGGAGAACUAGUGGACAUUGAUACGGAGGCAAGAUCUGGUGCGAAGUCUGCGGCACAUGAAAGCGCAGGCGUGGUGGAGUUUGACACUUGA